UAUGGCUGUGGUUCUCCUGCCAGACACCCACAACAGCAGGCUUCUCCUGUCAGUCCUCAAGCAUGGAAGCAACAGGAGAUACAGUUCUUGCUCUGUUCCCUCUUGUCUGUAGUCCCCUCACCCAGCACUGUUGGCAUGUGUUUGGUUUGGACAAAUUGUCCAAAAUAUCCAUGUCAUUACUGCUUGUUGGGCAUCCUCACUGGCAAUUUUUGUUUGAACUGAUUAAUGAUUAAUGGGGGUGCUCUGCGUAAUGCUGCUCAAUGGCACUGAAGAGAAGAAGGAGCAGACAAGACUAGAUGGAUGCAUCAAGAUCUUUUUCGUAGCAAUAAACAGCUAAAAGGAAAAUGAAGCCCACCUUCUCCUUGUGUUUAUUGCUGGCUGCUUUGUAUACUGUUGCCCAGUGUUAUCAGCGCCCUCGCUACCGCAGUAAGCAGGAUGAUGCUAAAGGGACAUAUUAUCCAGGACAUAGUUCUCAGUGGGAAGGAGCUUAUCCAGUUAAGAACAAAACGUUUGUCAAACUAGUUUUCAGCAAUACAGACUUUGCAUUUUCGUUUUACAAGCUGGUCGCAUCCGAAGCAAUGGAUCAAAAUAUUUUCUUUUCACCCAUAAGCAUCUCUGCUUCCUUUGCAAUGCUGGCACUCGGUGCCAAGUCAGUGACACUGACACAGAUUCUGGAAGGGCUUGCCUUUAACCUGAAAAAGACUCAGGAGCUGGAAAUACAUGACAAUUUUUGCCAACUCCUCCACAUGCUGAACCGUUCAGACAGUGAGUUCCAGCUGAGCCUGGGAAAUGCCCUUUUUAUAGAAGAGACUCUAAAACCAGUACAGAAGUUCUUGGAUGACGUCAAACGCUUUUAUGAAUCUGAAGUCUUUUCUUCUGACUUUAACAACUCUGUUGGCGCUGAGAAUCAGAUCAACAGUUAUAUUGAGGAAAAGACAAAUGGGAAAAUUGUUAAGCUAGUGGAAAAUCUUGAUCCUCUCACUGCAAUGGUUCUCGUUAACUAUGUCUUCCUUAGAGCUCAUUGGGAGAAACCCUUCAGUACAUUAUAUACAAGACAGGAGGAUUUUUUUGUGGAUCAGAAAACAUCUGUAAAAGUUGACAUGAUGUAUCGAAAGGGUCACUACAGAAAUUACUUUGAUGAAGAGCUGUCCUGUUGGCUGGUUCAGAUAUCUUACAAAGGAGAUGUUGCGGCAUUAUUUGUUUUGCCUGACGAAGGGAAGAUGAAGCAGGUGGAAGAUGCUCUCUUGAAAAAGACUGUAUCUAAAUGGGAAAAGUCCCUCCAAGACAGAAAAAUACAUCUGCACAUUCCAAAAUUUUCUAUAUCUGGUACCUAUGAUGUGAAAAGGAUAGUCAAACAAAUGGGUAUGAUCGAUCUGUUCACUGACCAAGCUGAUCUGUCUGGGAUUACUGAGGAGCCUGGACUGAAGGUUUCAAAAGUGAUUCACAAAGCUGUGCUGAAUGUUCAUGAGAAUGGCACUGAAGCAACAGGGGUCACAGUGAAGGAGGUUACCUGGAGAUCUGGUGAUUUUCCUCGUCCGCCUCGAGUCAGAUUCAACAGGCCCUUUCUCCUGGUGAUUCUGGAUAAAUUCACCCACACUGUCCUCUUCAUUGGGAAAAUUGUAAACCCUCAGAAAAAUGACUGAUUGACAAGACUUCAGCACAUCGCUGGCUAAAUUCCUGUGAUCCCGUGAAACACUUAUGUAUGCAUACCACUACGUAGUAGUGCUCAUCUUUCAACCAUUACCCUUAUAAACAUAAUCACCCCUUAAAACAUAAAAACAAUUUUUCCUUGUCCAAAAGUCACUAGUAUUUGCCCAGCCUACAGCUGAGUAUAGCUUGUAGUGUUAAUGAAAUACAAGUCACUUUUCACCAGUUUUGUAGGAUGUCUUUUCUGACAUGCUCCUGUAGGAUAUUCAGAUUUUUCAAAGUCUCCAGAUGAUGUAGCUGUUGCUGUACAAUCACAGUUUGUGCCUGUGAGAGGAGAAGGGAAAGAGGGAAAAGAAGGUACAAGGUGUAAGACCUGUCUGUUUAAUCCACUAACCUUUGAGGAUUAUUCUUAAAUAUAGAUCCCCUUAAUAUCAGAGUGAAUUUUCAUUAAUUUCUUUAGGUUUUGUAACGAAGUAUGGCAUGAAACUGUGGGAUCAUUGACUGGGACACUGGAGGACGCACCAUUGUAAAGAGUUGAUGAAUGUAGCUGUUUUAGCUUGCCUUCUUCUGUCUCCUCCUCAGUGGUAGCCUAGGGACUGUUAACCUGCUUUAAGCUAUCAUAAACACACAUAAAAAA